UUCAGUGAUUCAGUGACAUUGUGAGAGAAUUUAUUGUGUUUGUUAUGUUUAGGUUUAUUUUGUGGUAUCAUGCUUGGUUUGGAGUACUUAAUACAUAGCAAAUGUUAUUUUUCAAUUUUUUAUGUUUAUUUUAUCUGAUGGUGCUAAUUAAUAGCCACACUAUAUCUAAAAACAUAGCAUACUACGAUACGGUUGAUGACAUAGUCGACAGCGUCCACGAUCUAGAAUACAGAAGAGAAUACAAGCCGAAACAUGAUAGAUUCCACCGUUACUACAGAAAAGAAGAAAGAGAAGAUGCACCCAAAGCACAGAAGAAAGAAGAACCAAAACAGAGCACAGCGGCUAAACUGGUGUCUGACUCGAUCGAGGUAACCAAACUGGCAAAAAUAGGGAAGCCCUUACCGAAAACAACGAAACGAUUAGGAUUCUGGCAUAAGUUCAGAUUCAAAGGGAAUGAGAAGAAGAAUAAAGCAUACAAAACGGAAUAUGAUGUGUACAAAAGGAAAGCCAUGCCUCGGUCCAGUUAUCGCCAAAAACAAUAUUUCCAAUCGCGUCUUAGAGACAGAGAUUCUAAAUCGGAAGAUACUACAGAUGGUAUUCAAAGGAGAAUAACUCAUAGUAUUCAUAGAGACAGAAAUACUAACGUGGAAAAACGGAAGAGAAGUAUAUCAAAUACCACUACAACUGACAAGAGCAUUAGUACAAGGGCUUCAUCAAUUUUUAGCCCAAUCAGCGCCAAAACUACAUCACUGUUAAAAUUAGCCAAAAUCAAGACAUACGAACCGUUCCACAGUAAAGACAAUCUUACUAAAUCUUUGACAGCGUUAACGACAAAAAUUAAUGAUCUGAAAAAAGAAUACGGAUUAAAAUUAAAGAAUACCGAUACUUAUCCAACUCACGUAACGCAAAGUAUGUUAAAAAACAUAUCUACCGCGACUUCGACUGUUUUAACCACUACUCAAAGCACCACUGAAGAUGUAGACUUUCUCGGAACAGCUCAGAUUGAAGCUUUACUGAAUGACAUUAAAGUCAAAGCUGUACAAAUGGUGGCAGAACAAAGCCCCGCUAUAACAGACAUUAUUACAAACACCGUUACUGAAACUACAUUUGGGGCAGACCCCAUACUGACCCACAUCAGUACACCUGGCUAUGCUCUCAGUACGUAUAUUUCUAUAGACAGUGACGGCGUUUUUAGUAAACGAACUGCUUCUCCUACUACAGCAGGACCAAAAGCAAAUGAUACUGUAGUGAUAUCGAAUACAGAACCUACACAUAUAAUUGGUACUAGAUCUAUCAAUGAAGACGUCUAUACCAUAGCUCAAACGAUUGAAGAUAUGCUGCAAAGGGAAUUGAAGAAAGUCAUCAAAAAAGUUAAAGGGAAAGUGUCGCCUCAACUGAACGAAGAAAUAGACCAUGCCAAAACUACAAUAAAGAAGGAAACGGAUAAGGUUCUUAAAAAGAUGACACAAAGUAAUAGUAAACAAGCGCCCACAGCUGUAACCUCGCCAAUGUCAACACCUAAAGCGAAAACUAAAGCUAGGCAUAGCACCAAAAAGAAAGGAAAUCCAGCAAAGCAGGUGCGUCGCACGCCAAAUCGUAGCAAAACUGAGAAAAAGAAGACUAGCUCAGCAUCUACGUCAUCCACAUUCGAUGAUUACGUCAUGCUAACGUUAUUUGAGCAAAUCCUGUCUAAAACCCACCAAGAUAACGUCAUGAAGAUGCUGACUACUCCACCAACCAUCGCCUCGCAAGUCCGGGACUAUUUCAAGCUACACAAAAGAACGCCUCAGCCUUUACCUCGAGUUAGUCUGAAGGAAAACAUACAGAAAUUGUAUGACGAUGUAAUACUGCCUGAUGAUUUGCAAGAUUAUGGUUCGAAAACAACGAAUCCAUAUAACGAUAAUAUCCCCACUGAAUCUUCGAGUGAUGAUACAAGCUACGAAGGCUUGAGCAACAAAAUAUCUUACAACGACUACGUAAACGGGUACAAACACUAUUUGAAGUUCCAAAAAGAGCAGGCCAACCAGAAUUUUUCUAAUCUCGUCCGGUACCAAGCGCAUAGACAUCAUAACGUAGACGAUAUUGGAAAGUUUAUACUGAACAAAAUACCACAGCUACCCACUGGGUCUCGGAAAAAGAGAUUUUCAGACGAUGACGUCAUGGAAGAUCAGGAUAUUUCCACCAAAAGCGACGAUUCCUGGUUCAAGAAGCAUUUUUACUUGUUCAUUGAUAAUGGCCCACCAAGAAAGUUUCACACUUCUCAAACUGUGGAGUUAAAAUCACCUAUUACCGAUCUUGGCUCAUCUGGUACCGAAAGCCCAAUUACUCCACGUCCUAAGAAUAAAGGUGUCACUGAAAACGCGGAAAGUUCUGGAGAAAGCAAUAAGUCUAAUAAAGAUGAGUCGGGCGAAGUGAACCUGGAACAGCUGUCAAAGGCUUUGGAUGAUCGGAAAUCUAAAGAAUUCACGAGUAUCAUGCCUGGACAAGGUGACAAAAUGAAUGAUGAAGAAAUGGAGACGCAGAAUAAAGGGAAAAAUCAAGAUUACGAUAUAUUCAGAGGUUUCGGUGCCAUAGGUCUCGUAGAUAGACUUUUCAAAGGCAAAGGAAGACGAACUUCUAAACAUAACGCAAAAUUUAAUAGAGAUAACACUGAAGAGCUAUAUGAUGUAGAUAGAGAGAAGAGGAAUCCAAAAACAAACAUUGAGAAUACCCAUAAUUUGUAUGCUUCAUCAAUGAACACCCGCCGAUCUACAUUGCCAAAUGUAAUAGAGACUAGAAACAAAAAUUACGGUUAUGUUGAUGUCAAUUUAAUUCCAAGACCAACUGCAAUAGUCAAAUUACGAGAUAAUAAUCAGAAAAAAAGCAAACUAAAGAAGUUUUUUAACAAAUUUCGAUUUCGCAAACGAAACAAGCAUAAAGAAAAAAAGAAACCUACAAGAGCCAAAAGAGAAUUUUACAGUUACAGAGUGCAAAGAUUCAACCCUUUGAAGAAACUGAAGGAUUUGUUCAAAGUGAAACAGAUAGAUAGACCAAGUCAGAGCCCCGAUAACGAAAUGCCAGAUUAUGAAAUGAUGACAUCACAUAUUGAUACAUUCAAACCUAUCAAGUACGAUAAAGUGAUGAGCCUUGAAGAAAUAAAGGGACAAAUACCAAAUAUCACCGAAGAAAUGUCGCAGAUCCAUCAAAAUGGGCCCGCAAAAGCAGCUGCAAAGCCAUCAGUUGAACAAUCGAUUGAAGCCCCGAUUGCAAGCCACAUUGCAUCUCCUGAAAAUAUGUACGACUUCUCUUCUUUAUCUAAUGUUUCAACACCAAGUCUCUCAGAUUUUUCUGGUUCACUUAAAACUUCGACAAGAAAAGCUCCCAAGCUAAAACCCCACAUGAAUAAACCGAACACGUUCAAACAUUAUCAAGAGCCUUACUCUGGUUUAGAUAUGUCGGAAAUAACUUAUGAUCCAGCCACAAAUAAAUUGGAAACUCAUUACGGAGCGACGACACCAUCACUGGAUGAUAUUAGAAGCGAAAUUGACAGUUUACAAAUGAAACUAUCUGUACCCGAAGAAAAGCAUGAAGAAUCAACUUCGUCCCACAGUUUGCCAACUUUGCCAACUUUGCCUACUACUAGAUUCUCUAAUAACUUUUCAGCAAAGAAAAUUUUUGUACCAGCUCAUAUACAAACAGUUUCAAUACAACCCAAAGUCAAAGCAAAAGCUGAUCCGAAAGACAUAAAAAUACAGACAAAACUGACUAGAAUAGCAAAAUUUCCGCUGACGCACUUUUCCCACGAUCACAAUAAUAAAAUGAACCCUGUUAUUGAUAUACCCCAAAUUUGGGAACACGCCAAAGAAGAUAGAACUUCUAAUGAAAAGACUUUUACUGACGUUAGUCAACAGAAACGAAUAAAAAAGUCUGCGAACGCUUACGUUACCGUACACGCUAGAUUACCUACGCAGAAUUUCAACGAUUUCGGCAAACCUGACAGUUAUAAACCUUACCCUGAUUAUUUCAAUGACUUAUUAAUGUGGCAUGGAGAUUUGCUAAACUCUGACAAACUUACUAGUCCACAAUGGGAGAAUAUACUUGAAAGUCUCAAGCAAGAUUCCGAGGUUACCACUUUGAGUAUGAUGGAUAUGCAGAGAGAGCUGAUGCAAAUGAAGGACAACUUGAAAAUUGAUGAGUCUAUGAAAAGAGUCACACCCAAGUUAAAGAAAGCAAAACUAGCAAUGAAAGUCAAGAAGGACAAAACUCGUAAUACUAACAAUAAUAAAAAGACGCAGAAUAUAAUCAAAACUGUAGCUCUAAAAGAUAAUACAGUAGCUAAAGGCAAGGAUAUAAUCAUUCAAGGACAAGCUAAAUAUCUCCAUGUCAUAAAACAACCAGAGUCCGAUUCUGAAAAGUAUAUCAAAGCUUCUGAUUUACUGAAGGAUUUGAACAAAAUAUACUUCAAGUCGCCUGCAAUCAAAUAUAAUAUAGAAGACAAAAUUCACGAUACGAAGAGAAACGGAGAAUUCUGGAUAGAAAAUAUUAAACCUAAAAAUAAGAAUACCAGAGAUCAAGAUGGUUCUUCAGUUCUGUUUUUGGACACAACUCUACUAGCUUACGAUGAUGGAGCUGACUUCCUUACAGAACGUCCGAAACAUAAGAAAAUGUCUAAAAAUUCGUUGGUUUCUGCUAAGCCACAGCACACACAAGCUGCGUCAAAACCGGUGGCUAAAACGAACCCAUCACCGCUUCAAUACUUCAGCACACCUCUGCCUAUGAGAAUGAACGAUUUCGAGAAGUUCCUCAAAGAAAACCAACUAGAUGUCCAAUCAGUCACCACCCCUCUCGUUGGGAUGCCACAGUUUGUCGUUAAUAAAUCGCCCAAAAAAGUAACGGAGUGGAAGAAAAGCCAUACGAAAAGUAAUAAACCAGUGUUGAAAGAUAAAGCAAAGUUAGAGAAGCCAGCUCAUCUGACAACAAUAUACCCUAUCGGUGUCCUGUACAAUAAUAAAGUAGCCAGUGAGAGUAAAUCGUAUGAUGAAUUUACAAUAAAAAAUAUUUAUGCUGAGAAAUCUAAAAACACCGACGAUAAACAGAAGCGAAAGAGAUUUAGUGAAUUGCGUAACGAACGGUUCUUUACAUUCGAACCGUUCCGCAAGAUGUCCAAAGUUGAAAAAGUGAAGAAGAAAAUCAAAUUUUUCGACAAGAAAGCUACACCUUCCACCACUCAAUAUCCAGAUGUGCAUUACACGGUUAUUGCUCCUCAUAAUGAUGAUGACAUGCAGAGCGAUGUUGAAUUAACAAUCAUUAACAUGAACGAUAUAGAUCGAGGUUACAACAACAACAAACAGUGUAAAUGUAAGCCGGAUGAGAAAAGAAGAACUGAGAUCCCAACACACGCAACUACAAAGCAUUUUACUGAUAAAAAGCAUUCCAAAACAAAAACAACUAAAGCAUCAAAUGAUGCAGCCAACCACGCCUUUGUGCAGAAAAUACACAACAAUUUACUUUACAAUCAAAAGCACAAAGACAAGAAUGAAAAGAUACCAAAAACGUCAGUUCUUGAUACUACUCCGAAUUUUGAAAACAAUGUCAUCACAGAUGAUAUUUCCACAACAACCUUCCAUCCUAUGAUUGACCAUGAGUUAUUCAAGAACUUGAAUGCUAAAAAUCCUCCAAAAAGAGUGAGGAUAAGCAGCCAUAGUUACAAAUAUGAUAUCAUUUACAACAACGAACCGAAACGAAUGGACAAACAUUUUAAUCAAGCUUAUAAACACGGUGACUACAAAUUAACUCCCGUAACCGAUUAUAAUGUAAAUGAUCAAUAUCAGUCUCCAUAUGACAGUGACAUCUCCGACCACACUGACGUUGAGAAGGAGCUGAAUUGGCGGAUGAAAUCACGAAGGAGGCGUCAAGUGAGCGGUCAAUUGGGAUCCACUAAAUCAUAUAAUUACGAAGGAUUAGAAACGAUGAUGCCUAAUUGGAGAGAGAAGAGACGCUUAAAGCUAUUUUCAAAUAUAAAAGGGAAACUAAGAACGCUUCUGAGUAAAAAGUCCAAGACAACAUCUACUCCUCUAAAAGCUAAAUCACCGAGCAAAGAAGAAAAACAUACAACUGCAGGCAGAUUUGAAGAACACAAACCGAAAAGACAGAAAAAGGACGAUGACAUAAAGGGAGAUGGCAUGAGCACGGUUGAAGAUGGCUUCAGCGUUGACUACACCUUUGACAUCGACAGGGUUGUCGAAAGGGCUACAGCCAAUAGUGCGACGACAAAGAAAUUGACGGCGAUGACUAAAGAUAACACUGUGAAAGCACAUGACGAUAUGCUGUUCAGUGAUGCUGACAUACCGUACCUACCGCCGAUGACAAGUGAAGAUAUACCCCCAUUGAAAGAUAAUUACACAUCUGUAAGUUCUGGAAAACUAAACAAAGAAACAACGCCGAUAACUACAGCAAAAACUACAACAGCGAAAAGCCAUCCUCUAAGUUCUUUACCUAUUCCCGCUAAAGCAAAAGAGAAAGCACAUUCAAAACACAACGAAGAAAUAUACUUUGAGCCUUCGAUUUAUGACAAUAAGAUAUACUACGAGCCAGGCACUAGCACCACAAAGUCCAGUUUAUUGAUUAAAGAGACACUGAAAGCCAAAGGGACUCCAAAAUUACAAACGAAACCCACAGAAACGAAACUUGAGAAACGCGAUAUUCAACCAGCAGGAAAGUUUACAGCAAAAGAUGUCGCUGCACUUGAAGUCAUUGUAGAUUUAGUCAAAAACACAGUGAAUUACGAAGAACGUGAUGCUCUACAAGAAUUUACAGAGAACUAUUACCACAAUCAUCCUUCUGCAGCAACAACAACUACCCCAGUUCCAAAGUCUACCCAAGGGUCGAACUCCAUUCAAGUUCAUAUUGCCAUACCCUAUAAUCUUCAAGUAGACAAGAAGAGAUCUCUAGACUCUUUCAAAGUGAGACGAGUCUUCGCAGCGAAGAUGUUUUCUCCAGUAGACUUGGAAUACCAAGUUCAGGCUUUCGAAGAAACAAGGCCAACUACAGCAGCAACGGAACCUGAAGAUUUGAUGACGCCAAAGAUGUACUUGCUUAUAGAUGCAAACGGGUCAAUAGCUAAAGGAAAUUUUUCGCUAAAACCUUUGCCAGGCAAUAUAGAUUUAUCUAAAGUCAGAGUCAGACAAGCGGCUACAACUAAAGCAUUUGCGACGCAGAAAGCAGAAACUACGAGUGGCAAAGCCAUUGGUAGAGUCACACUCAGCAAAGACUUCGUAGCUGCUGUGAAUAAACAUUUAGUGCAACUUUACGAGAAUUUGACUGCAAUAAACGAGUCCAUACCAAGACACAAUGUCAAAAUUAGGGAGACCAAUAUGUUCAGUGGUCCAUCUAAAACUUCAGGAGUCAAAACAAACUAUAGACGUCACAUAAACUGGGACACAGUCAAGAAAUAUUUCGGACAUGACAGAGUUUGUAAUUGCAAGUGCAAAGCUAAUAGGACAAUGUGUAGAGCGUGCGCUGCUAGCGAUGCAGUUAUUUCAGAGUUAAUAUUUGAAUUUGAAAAUUUGGCGAAGUAUAUGAACGACCAUUGUACUGAAAUACAGACAUUCUUCUGGAUGAAUCCCAGUGGAGGCAAAAAGCUGAGAGAUACAGUUCACAAAGUAGACCAAACUUUGCAUGAUUACUUCAAAAGGGUCCGGGGCAAGUGCCAAGGGCGCACCUGCAAAACCUUUUCGACUUGUAUAGACAAGCGUAGUUUUGUCAAAAAGAAGAAAAUGCCCAAAAAAUAUAUUGGCGACCCUUUGAUCGCAGAUUUGCAAUGCGUAGCUAACGAUAUUGAAAUUGCUUCAAAACUAGGCAUUUGUUACAAUAACAAUUUCAUAGAAAGGGGAGAAACAUUGAUCAAUACUAUUGGAAAUUGUAUCAGAGACGUUUCAAAGCGAGAAGAACCAAAUCCAACUGCUCCUAGUCCUACAGCCACUACUAAUACUGUAUCUUUAAAGAAGCAGAUAAAAAAUGUAUAUUCCCUGGACAACAUAAACGUGAAUAUCAUUUGCAAACCUGAAUCAAGAGUAGCCAUUGCUUCAUCCACUGCAUUUACUCCAAAUACUGAGGCUUCAUUAGUUACAGCAGGCCUCAAUUUUAUGGAAAGCCCGUAUCUCUACGAUUAUGACACCGAUUCUGUUAAAUACACAAAGAGGAAAAGCUUCCGAAACUUUUUUGGUAAUAAAAAAAUCGGGAAGAAAAUGAAUCAUAUUUUUACAUACUACGUCACCAAAGAUACUACACCACCUAUGAGGUUUAAGAAAAGACAAAUAACUGGACAAAUCGAGUCUCCAUUAGUUUCUGAUUCAGGUGGAACGUUUUGGCAAGAUUACAUGAAAGGCAACUCUUUGCCUCAGAAGUUUACGAGUGAAAUGGUUGAAGAAACUGUAAAUGAUGAUCAUACCUUAUAUCCCAAAGACCAUGGUGAAUUAGAAGCAAAAAAAUCAAUGUCCGUAGCAAAGUGGCUUAGCAUACUGAGAACAACUGCUAAUCUUUAUCCAAAGAAACAUGUUUUCCAACGCGAUGUGAAUACCACAGACUAUGCAUCGGUUGACACUUUGUCUCACAACAUCAACGAGCUCUUUAAAAUAUUCCACAACAUGACAGACCUUAAGGAAAUAGAAGACAUGUCUACACGAACUAUGGAACUAUUAGAAAAACACACAACGCCCAAACCGAAGAAAAACAAGACAAAAACGACGACGAAGAUUUACAAUAUUAUAAAAUCAAAGCUGAAUUUCAAGCAUAAACCUAAUGCUCCAAAGACUGUGAUAAAUGUUCCUAAACCUCCCAAUAAGUCUUCGACAGUAGGAAGCAGUGAAGAUAAUGUCGUUAUUCCAGUACCAGAUAAUACUCAGUCAUUACAGACCACGACUACAGAACUUCCCAGCACUACAACUGAAACUACAAUAAGGACUACAAGGACUACUACUGCAAAAAGUACUACAACAACUACAGAACCAGCAACAUUAAAAUCUUCAAAAGCUAAAGAAGAAUCAACUCAAACAAGUCACAAAGAACAGGAGUCAACUCAAUCUGAAUCCCCUAAAGAAGAAUCGACAUCUUUUACUGAAUCUAGAGAGGACGCAAAUUUUAAAGAAACUAAUGAUGUAACCGAGAAAUCUACAGCAAGUUUCUUACAUAAACUCAAAGUGGCUACUCUAGACUUCUUUCACAAAAAAGCUAACGAAUUCCGAAAGACAACCGCUAUCACGGACAGCACUGAAGAAAUAAGGAAAUCAAGAUCUUCAGUAACGGAGAGCAGUAAACUUAAAACAACUAAGAAUAAAAUCGAAAAGCCCAAAGCACAUAAAGUGGAGUCCAGUAAAAAUGCAGAUUCGCAAUCAACAACAGACAAUAAUCCAACGAUACUCAUAAUAAAUGAAUAUGACACCGAAAUGGAGCCUAAUUUUGGGAUGAAUUCGCCAGAAGGCUAUAAUUUAGAUUUUGAAAGAAUGUCUUCAAGUACAGAUAACUUUAUGCAUGACAAUUCACGCAGUUUAUUACUGACUAUACUGAAUUAUGAAGCGAAAAAACUGAAUAGUGAACUGAGAAGAAUAAAGAAGGAUAAUGAUGAAAUGAAAAGCAAUGAUUCAAGGAACAGCAAAAGGGGAAUAUUCAGACUCUUUAUUAGCACUGAAAGCACCAUCAAGACAUCAAGAAACUCGGAAAGCGACUAUGACAUUAUGAGAACCCUCAAGGACCUAGAACUGCCCACUCCUAAAGGGCUGGAGGAGAACAAGGGUUCAGGUCUACUUCAGAAGAUCGCCAACAAGUUUGGAGUAAGGGUAGUGCAGCCAAAAGUCGCGUUCACGAAGCUACCACCGCGGCAGAGCACCACGCCUCCACCACGAAAGCAGCCCACAACGACAAAACAGAAGGAAAAGCAGCCACAGAUGAAGGAAAGCAUAAGCAAACCUAAAGGCGAGAAUACCCCGAAUACCUCAAAGGUGAAAACGGUGAAAGUGAAUCCAAAGGAUUCUUUACCAGAACCUAAAGUGACGGUCUGCGUUAACAGCAAUCAAGAGGCGUCUAGAUCCCACGCCGGUCAAGUCUGCGACAUCGAUUCCACCUUCAAACGAGUCCAGGAAAUGCUCAAGUCUCUUCCUAGAAAAGAGGUAGAACAGUACAUCGCCAAUAAGACCUGCGACAAAUUCAAGAAACUGCCCAACUACUUCCUUAUAGAGAUAGCUCACAGGAAACGCAGGAAGAAAAUGAAAAAAUACGAAGAAAGAACUUCUACAGAACGUGCUUUGAAAUGGGAUUGGAUACGAAAUAAAAGAUCAAUAAAUUAUGAUGAAAUUGAAAGUAAAGAAAAAUCUGACAACAAAAAUAGAAUUCCAAAUAAAAACAAAAUAGAAGAAUCAAAUAAAAUAGUUAACGCAAAAUGUAACGACACAAAUACUAAGGAAGAAAAUAAACUGGUCGACUCAAUAAAAUUCAUAAAAGAAGACAACGAAUAUUUCGAAGAACUUGAACGGGAUAAGUUUGGAAUUUACAGAAGUAAAAAGAAGAGAAGGAAACGGGCUGAUGGUAUCAAUGAGCUUGAGACUGGAAUGAGUAAUUUAACAUUUUCGAGUAAACCAAAUGAAUCCUACAUAAUGCUCGGCGAUACAGUAAUAAUACAAUGUGCUUCCAAUAAAAUCAAUGUGCAUGAAGAUAACGAAUUAAGAUGGUUGACUGACAGAAAGGAUAUGCUGACGUACGACAACGUCAUCGUGGAUGGACCAAAAUUGAUGAUAAAAGAAGUGGAAGCGAGGAAUUUGGGAGAAUAUACGUGUAAGAAGGGCAAUACAGCACAGAGGAAGGUCAGAUUAACAAUCAUCACUUUGCCAAAGUUCAAAGUGGUGUUUAAUCCCGUCUACGUCAUUGACCAGACGUGUACCUAUGACGAUCUAAGAGCAGUUCAGUUGCUUGGUCCAAUGAUGGGCAAAGAGAUAUGCUCUGAAGACCAGCUCUGCGGUGUACAGAUUGAGGAGCCAGUCUGCUUGCAAGACAGGGUGUCCAGCACAGCAUACGUACGCAUGACGGCCAAGAUGAGCGUCCUCCCGGGCCAAGGCGUGGAGUGCAGCGCCCGCUGCCGCCGCGACCUGCACGACUCGUUGGCGCUGAUGGCCGCUGCGGACGCCCCGGCGUUGGCUGCUGUUAAAGUUAUGAUAAUGUAUGACGACAUGAACAAAACAUUGGUGCCCUCGUCUUCUUCGGACAGCAGAAGGACAAUCAUCACGCAUACGCUCCGAAGGAAAGGUUAG